AGAGAGGACGUGUGCACACAGUUGUCUCUUUGUAGCGUCGGACAUUUAGUCCAUUUACCAGCUCUCGAGACUGCGUGAAAAGUCUCCACCAAACGACUGUUAGUAUAUGAGGACAAUUUACACGGCUUUACAGCUUCCAGCAAAUGGGAGAAGCAUUUGCGUAAACUGGGGGUUGCGACCUACUCUAUCGAACAACAUCCUCGACAACAAACAAGGGAAACACCCAUCAGGGAUAUCUCAAGUCUUUUUGUGAAAUCGACACAGGAAUUCUUGCAGAGGAAUUGAAGUCUGUGAGCAGGACGCUUUCAGAAUGAUGGCCCAAGAAGACGCAGACUACGUAAAUGACACUGAAUACAUGGACUAUGGAUAUUUAGGGGAGGACAAGGCUGGAGGCUACACUCAGAGAGAAGCUCUUCACAUCAUAUCAGUGAUCAUCUACAGCCUGGCAUUUACUCUGGGUGUAAUUGGGAAUGGCAUGGUCAUUUGGGUUACUGCCUUCAAAAGCAAACGGACCGUGAACAGUGUUUGGCUGCAAAAUCUGGCCAUCGCUGACUUUGUGUUUGUGCUGUUCCUGCCAUUCUCCAUUGACUACGUGCUGCGAGAUUUUCACUGGCUCUUUGGGAAGACAAUGUGCAAGCUGAACUCAUUCGUGUGCACCAUGAACAUGUACGCCAGCGUGUUGUUUCUGACCGUCCUGAGUUUGGAUCGCUACAUCUCACUGGUCCAUCUGAACUGGUCGGAAAGAUAUAGAAAUGUCCGGAGGUCCUGGUGGGUGUGUGCGCUGAUUUGGAUCACGUCGUGCUGUUUAAGCAGUCCGGCCCUGAUAUUCCGUGACGUAGUCCAGCAUAACGGGAGGGUUGUGUGCUUUAAUAACUUUCACGAGGAGAGCAGGCACGUUAUAGCAAUGAGACACAUUGCGAUGGUGUCGCUCCGUACCACCGUGGGCUUUCUGCUUCCAUUUGCGACCAUCACCGUCAGCGGCGUGAUGCUGGCUAUUAAGAUGCGCCAGUCCGACUCGGUACGUGUGUCUAGCUUUUCCAGAACCGUCUCUGCCGUGAUUCUUGCCUUCUUCUUGUGCUGGGUGCCAUUUCACACAUUCAGCCUGAUGGAGCUGAGCAUGCAUCACACCAUCUACCUGCACUCCGUGCUCAUCGUGGGCUUCCCGCUCGCCACCAGCCUGGCCUUCUUCAACAGCUGCGUCAACCCGAUUCUGUACGUACUGCUUACCAAGAAGGCGCGGAAGCUGAUAAAGACGUCGUGUUUGAAAUUCACCAAGAGCUCGCUGAGGGAGCUGAGUCAGUCUGUGUCUGCGACUGAGUUAGACUCAGCACUGCCCAGCUGCUCUCGUGAUGAACCUACGGCCAACUCCUCCGUCUGAAAAGCUCAGCGAUCACCCCACAUGCACCUGCACUCAAAAAAAACUUUGAGCUUUCUUCUUUAAAGAAACUUUUAGAGCUCCAACUGGAUUAAAAAUAGAUUUUGAUAAACUGGUUGGGAAAUGCUGGCUUUCAUUCUUUAUAUAGCACAUUACAAUAAAUAUGUAAUUAAUGUGUCAUCUAUUUUAUAUGCUGUGCAAUUAAAAAAAAUCUACAGUAAAAAUCAUAUAUAGUUACACCUGUAACCAUAUGAAAGGAAUUAAUAUACUUUUCUUCACAAAGUAUUUCUGAACAUCUCUGAGAGUAAUAUUGAUGAAUGAUAUUUCAGCUGUUUGAUUCAUUGUACUUAUUAUUGUGCUGUUUGAAUGCACUCCACUGUAUCAAUAAACUUGCUAAUGCUAUGUUGUAGAAUUAUACUGCUUUAUAAAAAUCUAGGUUACAGUGAAGAACUUAUAAUGUAAGUGGAUGUAAGUGAAUGGGAUUGAUCUUUAAUAAACAAUAGUAUAGCCACAAUACGUAAACAACAGGCAUAU